UAUUGCCUUUCAUUUCAUUUUUUGGGUAAACAUAAACAUAGGCUAGAGUCACAUGUAGAAUAGAGAUACCAAUAGAAUUGAAUGGAAGAAAGGUGAAUCAUUAUUAGUAUUGAUGCAUGAUAGGAGGAAUAGGAUAAAUACCAUUGUGAGGCAAAAGUUUGUGUUUUCCGUAGGCAGUUUUUUGCAACAAGAAAGGGAAAGGUUAAUUGGCUUUUGGGCAUUUAAGGUUUGAAUGGAAAUGCGUAUACAGUUGUGAAGAGAAAGGGUUCUUUUAAAAGUUCCAAUAGGGGGACACGGCGCGGCACACUUUUUUCUGAGGUCUCAACGGUCUCUCAACUCACUGCAACCCUUCGCUCACGCCUGAUCCGAUUAGUGCAAUGAUAGUCGGAUGGUUGUGUUGUGUGCCAUAACUGCCAAUUAUUAUUGCAAAUCAAUAGUGUAUAACCGUUGAAGUAAAUUAAUUAAGAUUUCUUCUGUUCUCCCACUUUUCUCCAUAUCUUCAUAUUAUUUUGAAGACUUAAAAGCAGAUAGUAGUUGAUAUCAAAUUGCUGCAAACUUGAGGUAGCCAUUACUUGGUUGACUGGAUGAAAUUGACUAAUAUGCUUCCAGUGGUUCAAUAAUCCUGAAAUUGAAACAUGAAAAUACCGUAAAGCAAUUUUCUGAACUCUUUACCUUUGGGGCUCUGUAGCAAUACACAGCAUUCUUCUUUUCCGAAUUUGAUUCAGGUGAUAAUGUUAAUACAAAGUUCUGUUCUUAGUUCAGUUGAAGCUGGUUUAUGUUAUGUAUCUGAUGAUGGGAAAGAUUUUCUAUGUGACCGGAUGCCUAGUGGUGAAAGUUUGCAGGUUUGUCUGAAAUGCAAUAAGUACCAUGUUGACUGGUGUAGGAAAGCUGAACCAAUGGAAGAGGAUAGAAGGAAUGCUGAUGAUCCUUACAGCUCAAACUUUCUAAGAAGUUCUGGUCAACCAUCAACUGCAAGUAUAAUGACUGAAAGUACUGCACCUAAUUUGAUGGUAUACAGGAGAAAAAAGCUACGCAAGGGAAUUGCCUCUCUUUUCAAGCUAGGGCCAACUGAUGUGCAGACAAGUGCCAAUUUCCCUUCAGUCAUAAGUUCCUCUCUGCAUUUAUCAUCAGGUGAGGAUCAAACAGCAGGCUUUCAAGUUAAGCAUCAAGGUGAAAUGGUAAAAGAUCCUUCUAUGCCUUCUGUUUUUCUUGAUAGAGUAGCCAAAUAUACGACAAAGAAAAACUUAGGUAUUGACAGUGUAAACGGUAGCUGCUCCUCUUCAAAGUCAAACAUGGUGCUUGUUUCAGAUUCCUUAGAAACUGAGAUGGAUGAAACUGGUGAAUGCUCCUCUUCCAGUGUAAUAGUUAUGGAUAUCACAAAGGAAAAUUUAACAGAAAAGGAUUUCUGCAUUAAUAUUUUGAGAAGCUAUGGACUUCUUAGAGGAGAUACUCUUACAGAUAAUGUGGUUUCCGUUGAAGAUGCUGUUACAACUAGUAAUAACUGCUGUUCCAGGUCAUGCAAAAUAUGUGGUCAUUUGGAUAGCUCAUUGAACAUGCUUUUAUGUGAUAGUUGUGAAGAUUCAUAUCAUCCAUCUUGCUAUAAUCGACGUUUGAAAAAAUUACCAAUUGAUGAGUGGUUUUGUCAUUCAUGUCAUGAUAAAAGGCAGAAAAUUCUUAUGGAGACAUUUAUCAAAUCACCAGGUAUCAACAGUGAAAUGGGGAAAUGUAGAACUACCUCAAUUACGGCUGAAAUGAAUCCCAUACUGUUGAUGUUGAGAGACACUGAGCCAUAUAUGACUGGUGUGCGAGUUGGUAAAGGUUUUCAGGCUGAAGUACUUGACUGGUCAGGCCCAGUAAAAAGUGAUGAAUAUGACAUUCCAGGACCAUUGGAAAUUACUCCUUCAGAAUUUUAUAGACUGCAGGAAGAGAAUACGAGAAAUCCAACUAGACUCAGUUCCAUUGGCAAUUGGCUUCAAUGCCAGGAGGUUAUAGAUAGAACCAGCAGGACAAUAUGCGGAAAAUGGCGCAGGGCUCCCCUUUUUGAAGUGCAAACCGAUGAAUGGGAGUGCUUCUGUGCUGUUCAUUGGGAUCCAUCUCAUGCUGAUUGUGCUGUACCUCAGGAGGUGGAGACAGAUCAAGUUCUGAAGCAACUGAAGUAUAUAGAAAUGCUGAGGCCCCGACUUGCUGCUAAACAGAGAAAAUCAGAUUGCACAAAUAAUGGUGAUUGAAGAUUCCAUAGUGGUGAGAAAUCUGGGUUCUUUUUUUGUGUGUAUAUUGAACAACCUGGUCACCCAACCCAAAUUGUAUAUGUUCCAUGUCAUCCAGUGCCAUUUUGUUUUUAUGGCAUGGCAAAAGAUAUGGAACAAUAUUGUGAUCCGGCUUACUAGAUUUUAUCCCAAUUUUUUAGGUUAUAGCUUCUAUUUGGUAGAAAUGUGAACAAAUAUAUAGCUUGGGUGGGGGGUCAUUUUGCCUAUUAUGAUGGAAGCCAUCGCCUCCUGCAUGCUCCAUUCAUGCCCAACUUUCGAGCAAUUAAGUACAUGAAAGGUUUAUCAUAUCUACCCUUUUUCAAACC